AUGCGAGCGCCGGUUGGGAUGGGGACAGGAGCCCCCGUGCUCCCGUGGCGGCGGCUGCUGCUGCUGCUGCUUAUGAUGAUGAUGAUGAUGAUGAUGAUGUCCCACUCAGCCCACGCAGCCAUCCUGGAGGUGAACGGAAACCUCAACUGUAGGUGCGUAAAGACAACUUCGGACUACAUCAGUCCAAAGCGAUACGAAAGCAUUGAGAUAAGACCUGUGGGAAGCACCUGCAGACGUACAGAAAUCAUAAUUAAAUUAAAAACCCCAGGGAAAGUGUGCGUGAAUCCUGACGCCCCUUGGGUAAAGAAACUGCUGAAGCGUAUCGCUAGCACGAAGAAAAAAUAAGUUUCCUGCUAAGGAAGUGGACGCUCAGAGCCCCGAGACGGGCUGGCAGAUGACGUGCAGGCGUGCAAACCUGGCCGCUCCUCACUUUGCCCUCGCUUCCCCCCCAAUUUUCCCCAAAGCCCCACGUCCCGGCCCUGGCGUCGGCCGCUGCGGGGAGGGCGGCUCGCUGCUGAGCCCAGCCCCGCGGCAGGUUCGUGGGGGUGUUUUUUUUCCCCGCUGCGUUCGGUGCCUGGAUCAGCGUGAAUAUGAACCCUUCGUUUAUUUA